AUGGAUUCUUCAAACAAUACUGCAAAUUAUAUUGAAAAAUUAGAAUGGUCACUAAUUUUAGGAAAUUCUAUACAAGAGGAACAAGAGAAUUCAUCAAAUUCAACAGAAACUUUAGUAUCGAAUAUUAUCAAUGGGCUAUAUAAGGAAUGUUUGACAUGUAAUAUAGCAAAACAGAUUUUUGGAACAGAAUUAUCUGCAGAGGAUGAUUGUAUCAAAAAAUUUGUAGAAAAUUUGGAUGUAAACGCUUAUAUUUCUAAGAGGACCAAGGAGUAUAUUUCAAGUGAUUUACCAGAAUUAGAAUCACAACAACAACAACAUCAUCAAUUAUUUAGACAACUUAAUUUACUCUGUAUUGCAAUCGCUUGUUUAAAUGCCUUUGUACAAAUUUCUUGGACGGGACCAAAUUUGGAUCUUGAAUCACAUGAUCUUUUACCAACAAUUAUAAGAGAAAAAUGCAAUACUGACGAAUUAAAUAAGAAAGCUCUUGAAAUAUUGUCUGUUGAUGGUGAAGAAACUUACCAUUUGACACCUCAAGCUUUAUAUCUUCUAAUUUCAAGAAUUAUCUUGGUGGAAAAUGAACAAAUUUUUACUGAUUUGAAAACAUCUUUAUGGUGGGCGCAAAGAGUUCUAUUCAUUCAACAACGUAUUCUAGAUAAUGUUGCCGGUUCUUUGCACGACUUAAUGUUUCAAUAUUUUAAAACACUUGAAAGUAAACUUCCUUCAACAAAUUUAGAUAUUUAUACUAGAUAUUAUAUUGAACUCGGUCUUUUAUAUCAUUAUUAUGGCCAAGAUUCUUUAGGGGUUGAUUGUUUUUUAAAAGCACAAAAAUCAAGUGGAUUUCAAUGGAAAAUAACUGGAGCAUUAGGCAAAAGAACAAAAUUUCAAACAUUUGAUGUAUCACAAUUGUUAAUUGUUGCUAAUAGUGCUGAUUCUAAAGAAUCUCAAGAUGAAAACACUACAAAGAAAAAUCUUCCAGAUAAUUUAAUAUUAAACGAUGACACUCUUCUGGAAAAAAUCGAAUUUUCUAAACAAGAUGGCCAAAAAGAUGACAAAGAUAAUACAGAUUUAGAUCCUCAUAAUCAAAAGAAUCUUAAAGUUAUCGAUCAAUGUCUUUUGCUCGCUUUUUGUUUAGAUAUAAAAAAUACUAAUCCGUCUCAUGGUAUAACUAUAGAACAAAUGGUACCUUACGUAUCUCGUGUAUUAGAAAAUCCAAACAAUUGGAUGGUUUACACUAUGGCAUUAUUAUUAAGAUCACGCCUUGAAAAAGCAAAGGUUCGAACAGUUGAACGUUCUGUUCUUCAACUUCAAGCGCUCGUUGAUCAAUUUCCUCUUGAACUUUCUAGUGCGCAAGAACGAAUAUCAUAUUUUUAUCAAAUUUUAUUACCACCAAAAUGGGAAAUGGAAAAGGAACUUGCUGUGCAAUAUUUGUCAUUAGGCGUUGUUCGUUCAUCUUUAGAAAUAUUUGAACGACUAGAAAUGUGGGAAGAUGUGAUCAACUGUUAUAUUAUGCUUGAAAAGGAAGAAAAGGCUAAACAAAUUAUACAUGAACAACUUCAAAUAACACCAAAUUCACCCAAACUUUAUUGUCUUUUAGGUGACGUUGAAAAGAAUCCAAAACAUUGGGAACAUGCAUGGGAAAUUUCGGGAAAUCGAUUCGCUCGUGCAAUGCGAUCUCUUGGUGGAUAUUGGUAUAAACAUGAAGAAUAUCGAAAAUCCGUUGAUUGUUAUGCGAAUGCCCUCAAAAUAAAUCCUCUUUUUGAAAAUUCCUGGUUUAUUCAGGGAUGUGCUGCAAUGCAUUUGGAAGAAUGGGAAAUUGCUAUACAAGCUUUUUCUCGAGUUAUAGCUAUUGAUCCUGAAAAUCCUGAAGCUUGGAAUAAUUUAGCAUCAGUGUUUUUGAGACAAAAUCGUAAAACAGACGCUUUCAAUGCAUUCCAACAAGGAUUGAAAUUAAAACAUGAUAGUUGGAAAAUAUGGACAAACUAUAUGUAUAUAGCUAUUGAUAUUGGUGAAUUUGCUGAAACUAUGAGAGCUAUGCAACGUGUUGUUGACUUACGAUGGGAAAAAGAAAAAGAAUCAUGUGUUGAUGUGGAAGUGUUAGAACUAUUAAUAAAUGCCGUUACGAAAAAUAUUCAAGAUGCAUCUAAAUUAGCACCGAGACUUGAAAAUUUAUUGACCGAAACUAUUACCUCGCGAAUUACCUCAAAUCAUCAUAUAUGGAAACUCUGUGCUCAAUUUUGGUUUUGGAAGAAGGAUUAUGAUAAAGUUCUUGAAGCACACUUGAAAGCAUAUCGAAGCGUAUUACAUGAUCCAAUGUUAGAAUCUUCAGAGAUUGUGUUUGAAAAAGUAGCCAAUGUUGCAUUAGAUGUCGUAGAAGCAUACCAGAAUUUUGGUGAUAAAAAGGUUUUACGCAAAAAAGAUUCUAAUACUGAUAUAAUAGAAGAGGAAGAGAUUAUUGUUUGUAAAGAUUGGAAAUAUCAAGCUAAAAGUUUAUUAAAGAGUUUGAUAGGAAAAACAAAAAAUUCUUUUGAAGGCACACCAAUGCACGACAAGUUAAAAGAAACAUUAAAAGAAUUAAGUUAA